AUGAAUCGAGCAAUCCUAGAAGGCCUCAAGAAGAGGGUUUCGGGUGCACUUGGGGCCUGGGUGGAUGAACUCCCUAGCGUCUUGUGGGUGCUACGAAUGACCCUCAAGACUGCCUUGGAGGAAUCCCUGUUCAGCCUGACGUUCGGAACCAAAUCAGUCCUUCCGCCUGAGAUGGUGUUCCCGACCUUGUGCACCGUCACCUAUGAGCAAGACAACUCCGAGGAAGGCCUUAAGGCUAACCUGGACCUCCUUGAAGAGAGAAGAGCUGAAGCGCAUCUACGCACCCUGGCAUACAAAAAGGCCAUGACCCGAAUUUACAAUCGCAAGGUUUGCCUAUGA